UGGCCUGGGAGCGCAUCAGAGCUCGAGUAAAACUGACGCAGGAUUGUGCCUUCGAUGACCGAGGGCCGUGUAGAUACUGCAGGAGGACACUCAGCGCUGUGCAGCAUCUAGAUUUUCCCUGUCCUAAUAGUAGUCACCAUGUGAUGGGUGGUUACAGCGUGCCAGGCGCUGGAUUAAGAGCUUAACGUAUCCAUUCCAUAGGGUAAAUGGUGCCGUUGUCUCAGUUUUGCAGAAGAAGAAAUGGAGGCACAGGUAGAAAGUGCAGGAGGGAAGACCUGAACCCAGAUCUCUCUAUUAACUACUAAUUUUAAUUGCCUUGAUAAGUUAGCAAGAACCAACUUCCCAAACAAAUCCGAGAUGCUCCCACAUUUUAUCUGUGCAUCCUGAAGGGAUUUUGUUUGUUUAGCUAAGUACCCUUCUAAUGGGAAAGUCAACCGUUACGUCCCAUCGUUCCCCUGUGUGUACAAGAUUUGGAGCCAAACCAUUUUGGACUCUUGUUCUACUACUUACUCCAAGUCACCUGGGGCAAUUGCUUAAACUUCCCGGAGCCACGGUUUGCUCUCCUGUAAAAUGUUCAUUAGGGUGUUCUCAUAAUAGCUACUCUGUCAGGUCCUUAUAUAAAAUCGAAGUCAUUUUGCCUUUUAAAAACCCUCAGAGUCCCUGAGAUGCCCCCAUUAACUCCAUGUACUUAUUUGCAAAUUUUUAUUUUGUUUUGUUGUGUGUGUGUGUGUGUUGUGUUUUGUUUUGUUUUUUUAGUUUUCCCCUAUGGGUACCAGAAUCAGUGCUGCAUAGUUUGAACGCGAUAGGAUUGACUUUACAAAUGAAACAUUUUUGUCACAUCUGCCAAGAAGUAUGAUUUGACUGAAACUUUAACUUAUACACAUUUUCAGAUAUUGUUAACCCGGGUUCUCAGCUGUCUGCAGUUAUUCAUGACCCGAGGGGUGCAUGGCCCUGAAGGGGGGGUAAGAACUGCGGAUUGUAGGUACUGAGAACCCACUACUGUGUAAUCAGACCUAUGAAAUCACUUGUGCUGGCAGCCCCAAAGCGAGCAUAAACCAGGGACUUUGAUAUCAUGCAGCAGAAGAGCAAAUUAUUUCUCCAGGCUUUGAAGUAUAGUAUUCCUCACCUUGGAAAAUGCGUGCAGAAACAGCACUUGAAUCACUGUAACUUCGCUGAUCAUUAUUACAGUAGAAUAAAAUUGACAAAAUAUCACCUAACCAAGUGUCUGCAGAGUAAGCCCAAGAUAUCAGAGUUAGCAAGAAACAUCCCAAGUCGGAGCUUCUCAUGUAAGGAUAUUCUGCCUAUUAAACAAGAAAACGAAAAACCCCUUUCAGAAAACAUGGAUGCGUUUGAAAAAGUGAGAACAAAAUUAGAAACACAGCCACAAGAAGAAUACGAAAUCAUCAAUGCAGAGGUUAAACAUGGAGGUUUUGUUUACUACCAAGAAGGUUGCUGCUUGGUGCGUUCAAAAGAUGAAGAAGACAGUGAUAAUUAUGAGGUUUUGUUCAAUUUGGAGGAACUUAAAUUAGACCAGCCCUUCAUUGACUGUAUCAGAGUGGCUCCUGAUGAAAAAUAUGUAGCUGCCAAGAUAAGAACGGAAGAUUCGGAAGCAUCUACCUGUAUAGUUGUGAAGCUCAGUGACCAGCCUGUCGUGGAAGCUUCUUUCCCCAAUGUGUCCAGUUUUGAAUGGGUAAAGGAUGAAGAAGAUGAGGAUGUUUUAUUCUAUACCUUCCAGAGGAACCUUCGCUGUCAUGAUGUGUAUCGAGCCACUUUUGGUGAAAACAAACGUAAUGAACGUUUUUACACAGAAAAAGACCCAAGCUAUUUUGUUUUCCUUUAUCUUACAAAAGACAGUCGUUUCCUCACCAUAAAUAUCAUGAACAAGACCACUUCUGAAGUGUGGUUGAUAGACGGCCUAAGUCCUUGGGAUCCACCUGUACUUAUCCAGAAGCGAAUACAUGGGGUCCUUUACUACGUUGAACACAGAGAUGAUGAACUAUACAUUCUCACUAAUGUUGGUGAGCCUACAGAAUUCAAGCUAAUGAGAACAGCAGCUGAUACACCUGCUAUCAUGAAUUGGGACUUAUUUUUCACAAUGAAGAGAAAUACCAAAGUCGUAGACUUGGACAUGUUUAAGGAUCACUGUGUUCUCUUCCUGAAGCACAGCAAUCUGCUUUAUGUUAAUGUGAUUGGUCUGGCUGAUGACUCAGUUCGGUCUCUAAAGCUCCCUCCUUGGGCCUGUGGAUUCAUAAUGGAUACAAAUUCAGACCCAAAGAACUGUCCCUUUCAGCUUUGCUCUCCAAUACGUCCCCCAAAAUAUUACACAUACAAGUUUGCAGAAGGCAAACUGUUUGAGGAAACUGGACAUGAAGACCCAAUCACAAAGACUAGUCGUGUUUUACGUCUAGAAGCCAAAAGUAAGGAUGGAAGGUCAGUGCCAAUGACUAUCUUCCACAAAACGGAUUCUGAGGACUUGCAGAAAAAACCUCUCCUGGUCCAUGUGUAUGGAGCUUACGGCAUGGACUUGAAAAUGAAUUUCAGGCCUGAAAGGAGGGCGUUGGUGGACGAUGGAUGGAUAUUAGCAUAUUGCCAUGUGCGGGGUGGUGGUGAGUUAGGUCUUCAGUGGCACGCUGAUGGCCGUCUUACUAAAAAACUCAAUGGCCUUGCUGACUUAGAGGCUUGCAUUAAGACGCUUCAUGACCAAGGCUUUUCUCAGCCAAGUCUAACAACCCUGACUGCUUUCAGUGCUGGAGGGGUGCUUGUGGGAGCGUUGUGUAACUCUAAUCCAGAGCUCCUGAGAGCUGUGACUAUGGAGGCACCUUUCUUGGAUGUUCUCAACACCAUGAUGGAUACUACACUUCCUCUGACAUUAGAAGAAUUAGAAGAAUGGGGGAAUCCUUCAUCUGAUGAAAAACACAAGAACUACAUAAAACGUUACUGCCCCUACCAAAAUAUUAAACCUCAGCAUUAUCCUUCAGUUCACAUCACAGCUUAUGAAAACGAUGAACGGGUACCCCUGAAAGGAAUUGUAAACUACACGGAGAAACUCAAGGAAGCCGUUACAGAGCACGCUAAGGACAGUGGUGAAGGCUAUCAGGCCCCCAAUAUUAUUUUAGACAUUCAGCCUGGAGGCAAUCAUGUGAUUGAGGAUUCUCACAAAAAGAUUACAGCCCAGAUUAAAUUCCUGUAUGAGGAACUCGGACUUGACAGCACCGGUGUUUUCGAGACUCUUAAGAAAUAUGUAAAAUUCUGAAAUUCUGUGGAAAUUGGAAACACAUGGAAACAUUUCCUAGUUUUAUUUGCAAUUAGGUUAGCAAAAGUGAGUUUUUUUAAGUAAAUGAAUAGUUUAUUAAAAUUUGCUUCUCUAUCCUAAUUUUGUUUAGUGUAUAUCUCACUUACCCUGUUCUCUCCUUGGUGUAUAUGCCCCUUACCUAGGAAAAUAGAUUUCUAAUCUCACUCCUCAGGAUGUGGAGCGGGGGUGAGGAAGGGUUGGAGGCGGCAGAACGCCGCCCUCCCCCCAUCAAAACAACUUUGUGUUAGUCUGUUUUACUAAAAUUUUCUUUGGACAGUUUA